GAUGAUAAUGAUGAUGAUGAAGAAAACAAUGGUAUGUGUGAUUCUAUAAUGAGAAAAUUCGAAUCGAAUGUAUUUUUUCCAUUGGUUAAGGUUAAUGUACGCCCACACAUGUGUGUAAUCGAAAAAAAAAUACGUAGAUGAUUUCAUUUCAUUUGGCAUUAUCACCACCACCACCACCACCACCACACCGUCAGAGCAACGAGAAUCGUCAAUUUAAAUAAUCAUCAAAUCAAUCAAGAUUAAAGUUGUUCGAAUAUUAUUCCAUUCAAUUUAAUAAAUAAAAUAAAAAUAAUCUACAAAUGGCUUCAUAUCCACCAAAUGAUAAUCAACCACAACCGAUUCCAUCAACAUCAAGAAAUUUUAUUGAUCAUCAUCAACAGCAACGAUUCUCAUCAUCAUCAUCAUCAUCAUCAUCGAGAACAAUGUCAUCACAAUAUUUUCCUGGUACUAGUACAGCAAGCACAAGUAAUAAUAGUAUAAUCAUGAUGGCUACAUCUUGUUCAUCAACACCAACAACGUCAUCGGCAACACCACGUACAACUGAAUUGGAUAAUAUCUGGGAUGAUCUUCGAAAUGGUAUUGAACAAGUUUAUAAACAUAAAAAUCAAGGCAUGUCCAAAAUACGUUAUAUGGAACUUUAUACUCAUGUAUACAAUUAUUGUACAUCCGUACAAACAUCGACAUCAUCAUCAUCAAAUUCCCAUUUUAGUCCAUUAGCCAGUAAUGCUGGCUCAUCAUCAUCAUCAUCAUCAAACAGUGGCCAAAUAACAUUGUCAUCAUCAUCACAUCAACGUUUACGGCGUCCAACAACAAAUAGUGGCGGAAGUAGCAGUGGUAGUGGUGCACAAUUUGUCGGUUAUGAAUUAUAUAAAAGAAUUCGUAGUUUUCUUCAGGAUUAUCUAUCCACUUUGCUUGAGAAUGGUCGUGAUCUGAAUGAUGAAGAAGUGCUUCGAUUCUAUACAAAACAUUGGGAAGAUUAUCAAUUCUCAAGCCGUGUAUUGAAUGGAAUAUGUGCCUAUCUAAACCGUCAUUGGGUAAAACGUGAAUGUGAUGAAGGUCAUAAGGAUAUAUAUGAAAUAUAUCAAUUAGCAUUGGUUACCUGGCGUGAAGUGUUAUUCUCAAAACUAAACCAACAGGUUACUAGUGCAGUGCUUAAAUUAAUUGAAAAAGAAAGAAAUGGUGAAACAAUCAAUACUAGUCUCAUCAGUGGUGUUAUGGGAUGUUAUGUUGAACUCGGUAUCAAUGAAUCAGAUAAUCAUCAAAAGGGACCAAAUCUUUCGGUCUAUCAGCAAGCGUUUGAGGUACAAUUUUUUCUUGAUACUGAACGAUUUUAUCGAAUGGAAAGUGAAAAUUUUUUGGCCAAAAAUUCCGUUACCGAAUAUAUGAAAAAAGCCGAACAAAGAAUUCAAGAGGAGAAUCGACGAAUUAUGCUCUAUUUGCAUAAAAAUACAUUGGGAUUGUUGAUGAAAACAUGUGAACGUGUAUUAAUUGAAGAUCAUUUGGAAAAAUUUCAUCAAGAAUUCCAGAAUCUAUUGAAUGACGAUAAAAAUGAAGACCUUGGACGAAUGUAUCAGCUUGUAAUGCGUAUACCGAAUGGCCUUGGUGAGUUAAAAAAUCGCUUAGAAGCACAUAUUACCCAUCAAGGACUCGGUGCUAUUGAAAAAUGUAGUGAAAUAGCAGUACAGGAUCCGAAAAUCUAUGUAAGCACAAUAUUAGCUGUGCAUAAAAAAUUUAGCAAACUAGUACAGGAAGCCUUUUUGAAUGAUUCGGGUUUUGUUGCCGCACUGGAUAAAGCCUGUGGAAAAUUUAUAAAUAAAAAUGCCGUCACCGAUAAUUCAAAUUCAACAAAAUCACCCGAGUUACUUGCCAAAUAUUGUGAUUUAUUGUUGAAGAAAACAUCAAAGAUACAUGAAGAAAAUGAGCUUGAAGAAACAUUGAAUCAGGUGAUGAUUGUAUUCAAAUACAUCGAAGAUAAAGAUGUAUUCCAGAAAUUCUAUAGUAAAAUGUUGGCUAAACGUCUGGUACAACAUAUGUCGGCCAGUGAUGAUGCCGAGGCUAGUAUGAUCUCGAAAUUAAAGCAUUCUUGUGGGUUCGAAUAUACAUCCAAAUUGCAACGAAUGUUUCAGGAUAUUGGCCUAAGUAAAGAUUUGAAUGAAUUAUUUAAAAAACAUCUUAGCGAAUCCAGUGAAGCACUUGAUAUCGAUUUUUCCAUACAAGUGUUAAGUUUUGGUUCGUGGCCUUUUCAACAAAGUUUUUCGUUUAGUCUACCAAAUGAGUUGGAGCAUUGUGUGAACCGUUUCACAAAAUUUUAUAGCGCUCAACAUAGUGGUCGAAAAUUACUUUGGAUAUAUAGCAUGUCCAAAGGUGAAUUGGUGGCUAAUUGUUUUAAAAGUCGAUAUACUUUCCAGGCAUCAGCGUAUCAAAUGGCUGUAUUGCUACAAUACAAUACCACAGAUAAUCUAACCGUACAACAGUUGCAUGAUAUUACUGAAAUUAAAGAGGAUACACUACAUCAAGUGUUGCAAAUUUUGCUCAAAACUAAAAUAUUGGUCAUUUCUAAUCCGGCCGAUUGUGAUCCAUCAUGUGUUGUUGAUAAUGAUAGUUGUGAUAAUAGUCAAGCAUUUACUAAAUCGGUUGGUUCAUCAUCUAUGAUACGUGAAUCAUCAUCAACCGAUACGAAUAGCUGUUCAUCUACAGGUGGUAGCGGUGAUGAAUUCAUUUUACAUCCACAUACACGUCUUUCGUUGUUUUUGGGAUAUAAGUAUAAAAAAUAUCGUGUGAAUAUCAAUAUACCAAUAAAAACGGAAAUGCGUCAAGAUCAGGAAAAAACACAUAAACAUAUUGAAGAGGAUCGUAAAUUGGUCAUUCAGGCGGCAAUUGUUCGUAUAAUGAAGAUGCGACGAACAUUGAAACAUCAACAAUUAUUGGCCGAAGUGAUUAAUCAAUUAUCAUUACGAUUCAAACCAAAUGUUAAUGUGAUCAAGAAAUGUGUUGAAGUUUUAAUUGAAAAAGAAUAUCUUGAACGAUCGGAUGGAUCAAGAGAUAGCUAUAAUUAUCUUGCCUAAUUUUUUCUUCAUACUUUGGGAUGGUAGGAAUCUCAAUUCAUCUGGAAUUAACUGACUUAAUUUAUUUCUCUUCUGCUGUUUGUUCUGUGUGUGUAAUGUGUACGUGUGUCAACAUAAAUAGCGAUUGGGUAAUUGAAAAUUUAAAAACGAAAUGUGUACCCACAACAUUUGCAUAGAUAAAGAAAAUUUCAUAUUCUGUGAUAUCGGAAUGAAAAACCAAAAAAAAGAAGAGAAUGUAAGGAACGACAAAAAUGGGCGAUGCCACCCCCCAUUCAUCAUUAUUCAACACAAAUGUCAAAUCUGUAAUUCAAUUCAAUCAUGAUUUAUGUUUCACCACCUGAUAGAUUCCACACAUCCCCACUAUACAAUUAUUUCAGUUUUUUUUUAUCUACACAUAUUCUUCUAUACAACGAUAAAGUUUUUUUUCUGAUGAAAUUAUUUACCAUCAUCAUCGGGAUUCAAUUCAAUACAAUCAUUCAAUUAUAA